AUGGAUCUUUCCAACAUCUCUAAUCCCUAUGACGAACUCCUGAGAAGUCUCGAGUAUGACCGAAGUCGUAUACAAGCCUUCUACGAAGCGCAGUGGAAUGAGCUAAACUCUAAGGCUACGUCCAAGUUGCUCGAUGAUAGCUUCAAAGGCAUGCAACCGGACCAGAUUCUCGUCGACCUUCUUAACAAGCCAGGUUACGAAGAUCCCAGGAAUGUUCUAUGUAUCUGGGCAAGGCCGAGCGUUGCAGUAAAAGAGUUGGUAUUGAGAUGCCAGAGCCUGCUCAAGGAGAUGAGUCCUAAUAUUUGGCUGACGCCGCAAGACUGUCUACACAUGACCGUUCUCGUUGUCGCAUACUACCUCACACCAGGAGAACUCGCUGCCACUGUGCCUAGGCUAAUGCCAUCCUUGCGCAAGGUUGCGGGGUUCCACGAAGCCCACCGUGCUCGACUUGUGAAGCCAAGACUAUCAUUCAGCGACUCGGGUGUGGCUCUCUCGUAUGUCCCUGCUGCCGGCGAGAUUACCGACGACCGAGCCAUGGAUGAGAGCUAUACGUAUCUUCACCUUCGACGGGAUAUCUUCAACCUCUGCCGUGGACAGGUUCUUGAUGUAAAUGCUCAACAUCCCCCCACGAGCUGCCACAUCACAGUGGCGAGGUUCGUCACAACUGAAGAUCAUUCUUCUGGUAGUAAACCAGAUCAUACGGCAAUAGCUGCCUGGGUGAGCGCCAUUGAAAAGAUAAACGAAAUGAUUGCGAUGGAAUAUUGGCCGCGUGGAGGCACCGCGCCAGAGGCUGGUAAUUGGAUUAUAGGAGAAGACAGAGGUCUAGAUAUAAGAGAAGGGACAACCUGGUAUGGCGGAGGACGAUCCCUGGAAUUUCCACCAGGUCCAUGA